GUAAAUCCAAUUAUCUACUGCUUUAUGAGCGAAAACUUCAGAACAGAUCUCAAGAUAUUGGUCUCAAAGUGUUGCCCAAUGAUGAGAGGCGGCCAACGGAGGGGCACAACCAUCAGGAGUAGUGAUUCCCUACACUCGUACCGGACAUCGGUGUACGCCAUGAGCACCAAGAAUACAAACUCCGGACACAGUCUCAUAAACAUGAACUCAAUCCGCGGUCACAUCCGAAACAGUGACACCAAAAAACUCAACGGAAACUCAAAGGCAAAAAUAAUGACACGAGUGUCGCGUAUCGACUGAUGAUUGUAUGAAUACCCAAGAUAUGCCGUGAAUGACAACCAC